AGAACAGCUCGCAGCAGAGCAAUGAACAAUGAUGCGACUUCAGUCAUGCUGUCACUUGAGUGGAACUGUAGUCGUAAUGAGUGCAAAUACACCGGAUGAUCACAAACCUAGAUAGUUGUUAUCAGCAGAAUAGGACUGUAGGUACAGCGUGAGGUGGAGAAGAUAGACAGGAGAAACACACAGCACUUUUAUUUCACCUGCCUUUAAUACCAGUAUUUCAGCUGUUGUAUCAACAAAUCCCCUGAAAAGCAUGCAAUCUGCUUGUGCCAGCCUAAGUGGAAGCUUAGCAGUAGUUUAUGAAUGAGCAUCUGCAUUUGGAUAUGUUUGAACGUUCAUACUGUUGUGAUAAUGUGUGACUGUUUCACGUUGCAGAAGUAUUGUAAACGUCCAAUGAAACUAAUGCUUCUGUCAUGCUUCUGUGCCACAUAAUGUUGAACAGCAAUGUAUCUCUCUUAUGCAGAUGGUGACACACAUGUAAUGUCGCCUGCAGCAUCAAUGCUGCAUGGGAUGUAUGCAGACGAAAAUGAUGAUCCGGGCAUCCUUGCAGACUUGGAUAAUUUCACGCCAUCAAGACCACACAGCUGUUUGAGUGCUGUUGCUGACACAGCUGAGCCACAAAUUAAUGAAAGAGGUCAGAGCACCAUUUGUGGUUAUGGUACCUGUGACAGCAACAGCCCUCAAGCAUCUUGUAUGGGUCCAAGUGGUAUGAAGGAACCCAUUAAUGCAGUUCAUGACCGGGCAGUCACGGCAGAGAAUCGAGAGAAUGCUCGACGAUGCACAACCACACGGCCACCACUCAGAGAGCUGCCAGUAAUGGAAAAUCAGCUGGACCCAACCAGCCAGAGUAGAAGAUCGCCCUCCUAUUUGGAUCGUGUCCGUAGGGACUACCCAGCCCCACAAUACAACAGACGGACCCCAAUAAGAGGUGUGCAACGGCACAAUGAUAUGACAGUUGCAUAUCUUGAGUCGCGGUCGCAGCGGGAGUAUGAAGUUGACACCCGUCGCCUGCAGCUUGAGGAAAGGAGGCUGGAGCUGCAGAUAAAGCAGCACAGCGACAAGAUGCGGCUCAAGGAAAUGGAAAUGCAAGAGCGUCAAGUGGAGCGAGAGUCGCAAGCAGAACAGCGGCGCCAAGAAUUGAAGUUCCGCCAAAUUGAGCAAGAGGCCCUCGCAGAGGAGAGGCGCCUCAUGGCUGCUGAGCGCCAAGCCUACAUGCAGCAUCAACGAGUGCAGCUGGAAAUGCUGAACAAUUUAUUCAGUCAAAUAAAGAAAUAAUAAUGAAAAUAAUUAUCCACUAGACUGUAACAUGAAGGUACAAGAGAAACCCAAUACUGGUUUCUUGCAAACUUCAUUCUGAUCCAGACAUCAAACCAGGGACAAACUUUCCAAAACAGUUGCUCUAUACUACCUCAGUUACCCAGGAGGCUGUCCAUUAGCAGAGCAUGAUAGACUUGAAUGAUAGUUUGAAAAGGGACAAAACAUGCACAUUUGAACUUUUUCCAGUAAAUACAAAAGUAGUCUUUCAAUAAUGUAGUUCACUCAUCUGUGUUUAUGAAGUCUCAACAUAGCAACCACAUCAAUACUGCUCAAGGUGCAACUUUUAUUACGUAACUGCUGACGCCUCACAAGCAACCAUUGCAGCCUGCAUAACACCCACUAUUAAAGGGCCCCUGAAACAGUUUGGACAAAUUUUGUAGACAUGUAGUAUGCAGCUGAAGUUAAUUAUUCGUACCACAAUUUGUGUGAAGCAUCUCGCGUUAAGAGAGCUACGAACGAUCACCAGCCACCCUUCUCCAUAGCCAUGCAUUUUCUCAACACAGUUACGAAGUGAUCGGGGCUAAGCUCCGCCUUCACUGGCUCUACGCCAUUACAGUACACCAUGUUGUCUAGGACCGCGCGUGCGAAGCCUCUCUGCCAGCCGCAUGACAGUCGACCCCAAGCAAGAGCAAUUGAAGCAGUGUGCAUUGCAAGCAUUCUGUUGCAGCACCGAGUGUAUCCAGUAUCCCUCUCACCACAGGCGAGCUGGGAAUUUCAAUGGAUUGGUGGAGGCAUAAACUCAAGCGACAGCACGAUGGUGCUGCAGUCACCACGCUCGUCUGCUGCCUUGCAGCAUGACAGAUUGCCAGUUGUUACGUUUGGGGGCGACAAUGUAACCAGGGAGAACUGUGGUGCUUGCAAAAAUAAAAAUAAAGAUCAACUCUGACGGCGGAGCACUCGUCAACACAGUGCAUGUUGUAACACAAGCAAACAACACUUGCUUUGUGCCGGAAGUGCUUUUCAGUGCAGUGAGAAACUGCCCUAGAGCAUUCUGUUUUGGUUACUUGCUUUUCAUAGAAACAAAUUAACUAACAUUCCAACUAUAAUGAGCAUUUGUUCACCAUAAAGUUGGAAAAGUUAUUGAUGACGUGCCCUGGGCAGCCAAUUGGAUAGCUCGCCCUACUAGAGUCAUUAGGGAAACUUGCAUGAAAUGGUCAGGGGCAGCUGAAAAUUCAGCCAAGUGGCAUGCUGCGAUCGGUAGCGAUGUACAUUCUUUAUACUUUAUAAUAAGUUACAGACUUUAUGUGGAGCACUUAGAUGCAUCAAUUAAUUAUCAGGAUGACCUACUACACAACACAGUAUGUUUGUACAAAAUCCUUUCAAGGUCCCUUUAACACUGUGCUACGCUAUACAAACUAAAAUAAUACAGCUGAAAAGCCAGAUGAUGGAGCUGCACAUCUUGAAUGACCAGUUCCAGCAAAUAAGCAUUGGUAGUCUUUAAACAUGGUAGUUCAUUCAACUGUGUUCAUGAAUGCACACCAUAACCACAUCAACACCACUCUGACAGCAGUUGUGCUCAAAGUGCAACUUUGAUUGCAUACCUAUAGGCUUAAGCAUACAAGCAGUCAUUGCAGCCUGCAGAACACCUACUUUAACACUGCACUAUACAACCUAAACUAAGUAGCACAGCAGAAAAGCCACAUGACAGAGGUGCACAUUUUGAAUGACCUAUUCUAGCAAAUAAGCAUUGGAAGUCUUCGAACACUGUAGUGAAUUUAUUUGUGUUUAUGAACGUACAACCAUAUCAAUGCCGCUCUGGCAGUUAACAGUUGUGACGCUCAAUGUGCAACUGUAAGCAUAAGCAUAUAAAGCCAGAAGGGGACACAGGGCUUGCAACACUGACGUAAUACAUUGCUUGGGCUAUGGCAGAAGAGAGGGCAUGGAAGGAUCGCCAUCUGCAGAUGCAAGUUGCAGCUAAGGGGGCAGUUUGGCUUACAUCCUGGCAUAUGACAAUGCAGCAUUUCAGUUUUUCUCGUAUCCUUUAAUAAUGAACAUUAUUGAAAAAUUAUUGCAGUACAACACUUCCAGCAUGGUGCCUUACAGCUUGCAGUGUAUAUAAGUGUCGUGAUAUCAUGAUGCAGGUAGUGGUUACGCAAUGGCAGAACAUUGCAAUGUUUUGAUGCUUGCCACGACUCGCUCUGUCGCCUCCUAUGCUGCUAGUGGUUGCGAUGCCUAGGCAUAGCCGUAAGGCCCACCAGACAUGAGACUCCAGACACAUCUGUAGGACCCCGAUUGCCACGGCUGUAUGUCUCAACUAUGAAGAAGACUCACUGCACAGCCACAUUGCCAACGCACGGCUUGGUUCUGCUCACGCUGCUGGUUACUGGCAUCUUUUUGGACCACCUCGACUGCCUUGCCAUUCUCAGUAACUGUUCAUGGCGUUGUUUAUAUUGUCGAGUUUAUUCCUGCCUGCUCGAAUGGCGUCAUCUUCGGAUGGGACUUCUUGUCCCGUCAUAAAGCCGUAAUCGACUGCGCACGCACUGAAGUUGAAUUUUCACCUCUGUGUGAUGCACCAUUGUACGAAGAUCGUGAUUGCCCUUCUAAACCUGCCAUGCGCGAGGAUAGAUAUUCCGCCUGGCUCCUUCGCCGUCGUACCCAUAUCCUGCGAUGUCAUCACUGAUGCAACAGUCCUUCACGCCGUCCAAAGUGUUCAUGAGCCAUAAAGCUCUACCACUACCCUUCGCAAUGCUUGAGAUCGCUGGCAGCUGCAGCAAUAUAUACUUUUACAAUCUCCUCUGUGCACCUAUUAUGCUGCUCGUUAGUGAAUGCCUUGGCUUCAUGGAACACCUCAACUCUUUGUCUUUGGUUGACGUCCCCAGAGACACUUUCGAUGUCGACUCCAGCCAUUUCGGCACUUGAGGAGACGUCCAGGGAUGUGUUCUCGAGUGCCAUCACCGAUACCAUCACACAUGCCGAACAU